CUCCUUCCCUCCGACUCUGUCUCCACCCACUCGCCCCACUACUUACUAACCUUUUCUGAAUCUGUAAACCGGUUCCUAUUCAUCCGUGUUACUGAGUCACCAUGGGCGCGAAGAAGAAAAACGAAGGAGAGAACAAGACGAAAGCAGAUGAAAGAGAGAAGAAGAAGAAGAACGAAUCCUCCAGCGUCGUAUUGAAGGUUGAUAUGCACUGCGAAGGAUGUGCGUCCAGAAUCGUCAAAUGCGUUCGUGGUUUCGAAGGGGUGGAGACGGUGAAAUCGGAGGCGGCGGAGGGAAAACUGACGGUGACCGGGACAGUGGAUCCGGCGAAACUCCGGGAGAAGCUUCAGGCGAAGACAAAGAAGAAAGUUGAACUAAUCUCUCCUCUGCCCAAAAAGGACAAAGAAAAUGCCAAAGACAACACCAACAACAGUAGCGGAGAAGAAGACAAAAAGAGUGCCAAAAAGCCCGACGACAAGAAAUCCGACAACGACAAGAAACCCCAAGAGAAAGACCCUCCGGUGACGACGGCGGUUUUGAAGCUGAACUUCCAUUGCCAUGGGUGCAUCGGGAAAAUCCAGAAGACACUCACAAAAGCCAAAGGCGUGAACGCGGUUACCAUGGACAAGGACAAACAACUGGUGACGGUUAAGGGAACCAUGGAUGUCAAGAAGCUGUCCGAGACAUUGUCGGAGAAACUCCGACGGCCCGUGGAGGUUAUCCCUCCGGCAAACAAAGAAAAGGACAACGAGAACGACGCCGGCGGUGGUAAGAAAAAGAAAGGCGGCGGCGGAGGUGGGCAACCGAACGGUGGCGGAGACGGCGGAGGCAAAAAGGAGGAAGGCGCGAACAAGAUGGAGUACGUGGCGGCUCAACCCGGAUCCGGCUUCGGGUACUAUCAGUACCCGGUGCAAGCUCACGCGCCGCAGUUUUUCAGCGACGAGAACCCGAACGCUUGCGCCGUCAUGUGAUUAUGGCGGCGGGAAGGGGGUGGCAGGGAGAUGUAAAUAAGUGAUGAAACAGGGGCAGUUUGGGGAAAUGACGGUUUUUCAGGUAGAAAGGAUCAAGCAUGUUACAUGUUGUGCUACGGCGUACGAACUUGUAUUUCAGAGUUUUUUUUAAUCAAUGGUUGUUUUUGUUUCGAA